AUGCUUGACUUUUUCACAAUUCUGACUAAGGGCGGCAUCGUCCUUUGGUCAAAAACCUUCGCUCGUGUUACAAAUUUUCCGUUAGACGCCUUGAUUAAAGAAGUGCUGAUCGAAGAAAGAGCUGGCGCUAACAAUUAUGUUAAAGAGUCUUACAACAUAAAAUGGACUUUCGCUAAUGAACUGGAUCUAAUUUUUGUGGUAGCAUAUCAGAAAAUUCUUCAGCUUGCGUACAUAGAAGAACUUUUGGCGACCAUAAAAAAAUUCUUUUGCGAUAAAUUCAUAGAAUUUAUUCGAGAUACAACCAAACUUCAUAAAUACGCUUUCGAUGAUGAUUUUGACUCGAUUCUAAGUAGAGUUGAAGAAAAAGAUGCUAAGGAGCAAAGUAAAAGAUCAAAACCACGCAAAUUCGAAGAAACAAAAAAAUUUAAAGACACAGUUGAAGGAAACAAAAAACUUAGUGCGAGUGACAUAUCGAAGCCACCAAUUAAUCCAACAAUCAGUGAGGAAGAAAUUGCACGUAACAUUGAGGCGAUUCGUGGAGGCAAAUCUAAUCGAGAUCGCGGCGGUCGAAAUAAGAAAUUGGGAAGUACUAGACAAGUCCAUGCGCCUCCAAAUGGUGAUUUCUCAGAGUACAAACCAAAAAAGAAAGUUAUGCGUGUAUGGGACGAUAAAGUGACUAAAGAAGAAAUGGAAAAUCUUGACUAUAGCGGUCAAGGUGAAAAUAUUGAUAUGUCAUCAACAGCUAUACAUCAGAAUCUUGAGAUCACUGAAGAAGAUCUCACACUUGUGUUGGCAAACAUGAAGGAACAUUUAAUUAAAAAGAAUGUUGCGGCUGAUAUCGCAACACAUUUAUGUGAUUCUGUCUCAAGAACUCUUGUGGGUCAAAAAAUUGGAAAUUUCAAAUCAAUUCGUUCAAUUGUAAAACAAUCAAUGGAAUCUGCAUUGAGACGUAUCUUGACUCCAAAGACUUCUGUGGAUUUGUUGCGUGAUAUUUUGCAGGCAAAAUCUGAAUCACGUAAAUCGACAAAUCUAUCAAAGACUUGCUUCUGGUUAUUGCAAAAUGGGUUCAAAGUCCUAAUUGCUGGCUGCGAUACUUUCAGAUCUGGUGCUGUGGAACAAUUGAAAGUACAUGUUAGAAAUUUGAAUGCUUUAGGACAAAAUUCGGUUGUUGAAUUGUAUGAAAGAGGUUAUGGAAAAGAUGCUGCAGGAAUCGCCAAAGAUGCCAUUAAUUUCGCUAAGGCAAACGGGUUCGAUGUUGUAUUGAUUGAUACUGCCGGUCGUAUGCAGGACAAUGAACCUCUAAUGCGUGCUCUGGCUAAGUUAGUAACAGUAAAUAACCCAGACAAAAUAAUAUUCGUUGGUGAAGCACUAGUUGGUAAUGAAGCAGUUGAUCAACUUACGAAAUUUAAUCAGGCUUUGAAAGAUUUUUCUGGAUUACAAAACCCAAGACAUAUUGAUGGAAUUAUAUUAACUAAAUUCGACACAAUUGAUGAUAAGGUCGGUGCGGCAUUGUCAAUGGCUUAUACAACUGGACAGCCUAUUUUAUUUGUUGGUACUGGACAAACAUAUACAGAUUUAAAAAAUAUGAGAGUCGGUCAUAUUGUACAAGCGCUUCUUAAAGAAUA